AUGAAAAAUACCAGCACCACAGACUCGUGGGAUGAGACAUCAGUUGUUAUAGAUGACUUGUCUCAUAGGAAUCAAGAAAAAAAACAAGAUGAUUCUUUGAAAAAUAAAAGAGAAGAUCAUAUAAUAAAUGUAUGUGUUGAUAAAAAUAAGGGAUACGAUAUAGUAACAGAAGAAAGUAUGAAAAGACAUAAUAUGAUAGAGAAUACAAAAGAAUGUAAUGACAAUAAGAUAAGUGAUAUAAUAUAUGAUAAUAUAUGUGAUGAUAUUAUAAAGAGUAAAGAAAAUGAUUUAUAUCCAAAUAGUUCUUCUUAUGUAUUUAUGAAUAAUUAUAAUAAUAAAAUAAAGAAAGGAACAUUUAAAGGAUGCCCUUAUUAUUUAUCAAAAGAAACAUGUGAAGAAAAUAUCAUAAAAUUAAAUAAAAAAAUGAAUGAUGUUUUAAAUAAUAUAGUAAAAAUAUAUAAAGAAUCAAAUAAAAAAAUAUAUAUAUCCAAAUUAUUUGAAUUGAAAUAUAUUAACUGUAUUUUUAUAUUUAUGUUUCUAUCCUUAUUAAUUAUAUUUACAAGUAUGAAUGAAUUUACUGGUAUGAUAUUAUCUAUAUUAUUAUUAAGUAUUUCUAUACAAUUAAAAUAUACAAGGUCAUACAUAACCUUAUUAAAUUCUCUAAUAUCAUUAAUAUUAAUAUCUAUAAUAUCUAUUAUCAUAUCUUCAAAUAUAAAAAUAGAACAAGACAAAUAUCAUAUAAUGAAUAGAUAUCCUAAAAUAUUGAACAAUAAAAUAAAUAAUAAUAUUGAAAAUAUAUAUAAAGAUAAAAUUGUUGACAAUUUAAAUGAUCAAAUAAAAAAAAAAUUAUUAAUUGUUCAAUCUAUAAUUUCUUUUCUUUAUUCUUUUCUUUUAUUUAUAUUUAUGUGUGCCAUACGAAUUAUUAAAUCAUAUAAAAUACAACACAUAUGGAUAUAUAAUAAUAUUAUUCAUAUGUUUAAUUUCUUUGAUCUAUUUAUGAUCUUCUCCUUUUCAAUAUUAGCUUUUGUCUUUAUAUUUAUUUGUUUGAAUUCUAUUCCUUUUAUUAUUACAUCUACAAUACUUUUUAUAAGCAGUAUUUUUACAUACUUUUUAAAUAAAUACAGUAAUGUGAUCAUUGUUAUAUUUCAGACUAUCAUAUUGUUAUCAAAUUGUAUUAUGUCUUACAUCUAUUUUUAUAAUAUAAAUCAGAAAGGAAUAUAUUACAUGCAGAGUGAUAAUAAUAUUACAAAAGAAUAUCCUCUUAAUACAAAUAAUCAGAUGCAAUCUCAUUAUUUAUAUACAUUUGAAGAUAAAAUAAUAUUAUUCUAUAUGAUUUUUAUAUCACUAUUUUUAAUAUUUCAUAUAAUGUAUAUUUUAUUUAUUUUCUUAUCGAAAGAAAAUAAAUUUACAAAAUUAUUUACAGAGAGAAAAGUAUACUAUUAUAAUAUAUAUCCAUAUUAUCAAAAAAAUAAAAAUAUAAAAAAUACUCAACAACAUGAAAAAAAUAAUACAAAUAAGAUAUAUCAAAAUGAUAAUAUAUAUUUUAAAUAUGAUAAAUACAUUCUAUGCAUAGAUGAUGAUAAAAGAAUUACUAAUGCUUAUAGAACAUAUAGUAAACAAAUAGACAUAGAUAUAAAAAAAUAUACAUAUAAUGAAUUACAUAUAUUUAAACAUAUUCUAUUAUCAGCAGUUUUACAAUAUAAACAAACAAAAAAGGUAUAUAGUAAAAAUGAGCUCUUAUUAAAAAGAGAAAAAAGAGAAAAAAAAGAAAAAAAACAAACACAAAUGAAAAUACAACCAUACGAACAAUCAAAUGAACAAUCAAAUGAACAAUUAAAAGAACAAUCAAAUGAACAAUUAAAAGAACGAGAAUAUCAUUAUAAACAAAAUAAUGAUAUAAAAAAUAAAUUUCAAAAAGGAGUUUAUUUAAAAAAUACAUCAUCACUAAAUAAUAAUAAUAUUGUUAGAUCAAAUUAUAUAAAUAAAGCAAGUGUCUUAAAAUCACAAUCAUUUCAUCAUAAACAUACAGAUGGAAACCAUAUUAAUUAUGAUAAAUAUAAAAAUAUAAAUACAAAUGUAUAUAAUAAUAAUAAUAAUAAUAAUAAUUUAUUUUUUAAGAAAAAAAGUUCUGAUGAUUUUGUUUUAUAUAUAAAUGAUGAAUUCACAGAAGAAUCCUCUUCCUCUUUUAUUUAUAGCUCCACUGUUAAAACGUCAGAAGAAAAUAUAUCAGAAUCUAUCUCAUAUAUAUCAUAUAAUAUACACAAUGAUAGCUUUGAAGCACAUAAAAAUUAUAUGACAACAACACAACAGAUACAAAAUAAAAAUAAUAAUAUUAUUAGAAAUAAAGAAAGUUAUUUAAAUAAAAGCAUCAACUUUUUAUCAACCAAUAUUUCUAAAUUACAAAGUGAAAGAAAAAAAUCAUAUCAAAAAAAAAAAAAAAAAAAUCAAAUGCAUAUAUUACAAAAUAAAAAUUUUUAUUUAGUCAGUUGUGAUAAAUCUAAUUAUCAUACACCCUCUUUAUAUACUACAAAAUAUUCAUAUAUUAUAAAACAAUUAUUAGAACAUUAUGAUGAAAUUUCAUUUUAUUUAAAUAAAAAAAAUUAUUUUUUAAAUCUAUUAGAAAAAAAUAAAUUAAACGUUACUUUGACAGUUGGAAAGAAAGAAGAACAAAAAGAUAAAUUAUUUUUAUCACUUCAAAAUGUUGGAGCAAAUAAUAAAAAUAAUGAAUUCAUAAAUGAAGUUAAUACAAAGGAGGAUGAUAAUAAUAUGAACAAAUAUAAUUCAAUCAAAGUUUAUAAUAUUAAUAUAGAUUCAGAAAAAAAAAACCAACCAAUAUUAUCAUCCCCUUUAAAAAUAGACAAUGAUUUUAUAUUCAAUGAUAUUACUCUUUCUUACAUAAAAAAUAAAAUUCAUUCUAAUUCUCAUAUUCUCAAUGAUCCAUCUUUUAUAACAUCCUUUGAACAUAAUAAUAUAAAUCUAUAUAAACCAUAUGAUAAUUUUAUAAGUAAUCAAUCUAUUGACAAAAACAAAAAUGAUAACAACUUUUUGAAACAUAAUGAAGAUAAUUAUUCUAUAUGGAAGAUAAAAUCGAAUAAAUGUAAUUCUGUUGUAGGUAAUUAUUCUAGCGAAUUUGUUAAGAUUCCAUUAUAUGCAUCUUCCAUAUAUACAUCUUCCAUAUAUACAUCUUCUUCAUAUGCAUCUCCCAUUUUAUCAUCAUCAUGUUUGUUAUCUCCUUCUAUUAUAUCACCUCACAUGUCGUUUAAUGAAAAUUUAAAGAAAGAAGAAAAUCAUUUCUGGUAUUGCUACCCUGGAAUCAUUUCUAGAAUAUAUAAGGAAUGGAUUCAAUGUAAAAAUUUAGAUGUAAAGAAGUUUAAUAAUGAUUUCUAUUAUUUACUAUCAACUGAUUCGAAUAAAUUGAAGGACUUUUUAAAAAGUAACUAUUCACAAGAAGAAGAAAAAAAAAACAAAACAGAUAAUACACUCAAUAGUAAUAAUAAUAAUAAUAAUAAAAGUAACCAUUGUGAUGAUAAUAAUUAUAUUAAUUUUGAAUAUCAAGAUGAAAAAGAAAAAAAUAAAUUAUUUGAUAUUAGUCAAGUUGUUGAUUAUUAUCCAUAUAUAGUUAAUAAAAUGAAAAAUAAUUUAUUUUCAUCUACAUUUACAUAUUCUUCUUUUAUAACAGAUAAUCCUAAUAUUAAUAGUAAUCAUAUUAAUUCUUUUAAUAGUAUUAUUAAUAAUUUCUUAAUAGAUGCUAAUAUUUUUGAUUGUUUAUAUUAUUAUGUUAAGAAUAAUAAAUCCAUAUCCUCCUAUACUGUAUUUGAAGAUAGUAUGUAUAUAAAACAAUUCUUAUCAUCAUUAUAUUAUAAUAACACAGAUGAAUUUCUUGAACAGAUAAAGCUCAUAUGUGAGGACCCAAAAUUUUAUAUAGAAAAAGAAAAAAUACUACUUUCUAAUGAUCUCAAUGUUAUUAAUAAUAAUGAUGACAUAAAAAAGAAUGAUAAUAUUUGUGAUACCUUUUAUGAUUAUUAUUAUGAUAAUUUUUAUCAAAAUUUUUUAAAAGAUAAUUUUCCAUAUUUAAAAACAAACAUCACUUCGUCUUUAGACAACACAAAUGAAUAUACAAAUAAUUAUACAAAUGAAUAUACAAAUAAUUAUACAAAUAAACAGUGCGAUAAAGAGCAAGAAGAAGCACAUAAAAAUAAUGAUUAUCAAAACAAAUUAUUAACCUUAAUGAAUGGAGAUGAAUCCAUUUAUAGUAAUGAUCACAAAAAUUUCAAUCAAUUCCAAACAAAUAAAAAAAGGGAUAGUUCUCACAAUUUGAAUGAUCUAUUAAAAUACGCAGAAUCUUUAAUAGAAAAAAAUAAAAAUAAUGAAACUAAUGAUCAAGAGAAAUCAGAAUAUGAUCAUCCACUUAAUAAUAUAAAACAAAAUGAUAAUAACAUUUCAGAUAUAAACAAUAUAGAUGAAUUUCUAAGUAAUUUUAUUAAAAAUUAUAUGUCCAAUAAAAAUGAUGAUAACACUCAAACAUAUGAUGAUGAUAAAAAAGAAAAAUACAAACACAAUGAGCAAUGCCAUAAUUAUCAUAAAGAAUAUUUAAAAAAUGUAGAGCAUUUAUAUUCACAUAUAAAACAAAAUAUAGAACAAAAAAAAAAUGAAAUACAAAAAAGUGAGGAUAAUAUUAAUAGUGAUCAAGAAAAAAUUAAAUAUAAUAAUUUAUCAUACAAACAUUCUUGUAAUAUGAAAGAAAAUAAUAAAAUAUAUAAAUUAUAUAAUUCAUAUAUAUCAUCAUAUUCUAAUGAUAUACAUAUUAUAAAAGAUAAACAAGGAGAAGAACCUAUAGAUCAUUUAAGAAAAAAUAAAAUAAAUGACACAAAAAAUGAUAUUCAAAAUAUAGAAGAUAUGUCAUAUAAUUCAAUUAAUAAAUAUAUUAAUGAUGAUAUAUCAAAUUUGAAAUGUAAAAAAAAUACAAAUGUCAAUUCUUUUAAUAAUAUAAAUAAAGAUAAAAAUACGAAAUUGAUAUAUACAAAUAAAGAAAGGAACUCACAUAUUAAGAAACCUAUUGAGAAUAUCAAAAAUUAUUAUAUUAGUGUCGAUAAUAAUACUUUAUCAGAUUUAGACAACAAAUGUAUUCAAUAUAAUAAUAAUAAUAAUAAUAAAGAUAUACAUCUACAGAAAAAAGAAAUGUGCAAAUUAAUUAACAAAGAUGAUAAAAUUUUAAUUAAUAAAAAUAUUAGUUAUGACACAAAAAAAAAUCAUUCUAAUAAUAAUGUAAACCAAAAAAAUCAAAUACAUCAAAAAAAAAAAACAGAAAAUUUCAUAAAUAAUAAUACAAACUUAUUUCAUAAACAAGAGGAAGAGGAAGAAGAAGAAGAAUCUAAUAAAACGAGAGAAUUAAAUCUAGAUAUUAUAGAUGAUAUAAAAAAUAAAUUUUCAAUACAUGAUCAUAUACAACAUAUUAAUUAUGCAACUAAUAUUGAGUAUAAUAAUGUGGAAGAAAAAAAACAAAAUAUGUACACAAAUAAUAAAUAUAUAAAUGAAAUAAAAGAUUUAAAAAUAAACAAUAUAUGUGAUAAUAAUACAAAUAGAAAGAAGGUUCAAACUUUUUGCAUACACAGCAAUGAAAUAAAGAAAUAUAUAAAUAAAAAUAAAUAUAACGAUUCAAUAUCAUGUGAUGAAGAGAACAAAGAAAAUCAUAAAAAUGACAAUCAUUAUGAUCUUGAUGAAUAUGAAAAAACUUUUGGUUAUAAUACACAAGAUAUGAAAAGAAUUGAAGAAAAAAAUAAUAUUUUUUAUAAUAAUUAUUCUAAUGAUGAUCAUAUAAAUUAUUGUGAUAUUGAUGAAAAAAAAAAAAUCAAAGAUAUUUUAUAUGAUCUUAAAAAAUAUUAUCUUCCUUCCUCACAAAACAAUAAAGAAUUAAAAAGCUAUAAUCCUACAGAUACAGAAUUUUUAGAAUAUAUAAAUAAAUAUCUAGAUGAUAACAAUAAUAUCUAUGACAUUAAUAUAUAUAAUGAAGUCAUAUGUAAAAAUGAAAAAGAAGAAAAUCAAAUAAAUGCAAACAAAGAUGGACAGGAUAACAAAUUACAAGAUAAAUAUGUUAACAACAAAAAUGAUGUUGAAGAUAAUAAAAAUAUAUUUCAUCAUGUUUUAAAAAAUGAAAAAGAAAAAUCAACUUAUUUAUCACCAAAAUUUUCUGAUGAACAUAAAAUCAACUCAUUUAAUUCACACAACAAUAUGAUAAAUAAUAAAACAUUAAAAAUUUAUAACAAUGUAGAUAUGAAUAAUGUCAGAAAAAAUAUGAAUGAAACAUUUUUAAAAAAAAAUGAGGAACACAAUAUAAAAAGUGUUAAAGAAAGUAUAGAAGAAGAUCAAGUUGUGGGAAAAGAAAAUUUUGAUGACUUAAAUAAUAUGAAGAAUGGAAAAGAAGAUUAUAAAAAAAAUGACAAUACAUAUAAUUACAAGAUAGAGAAUAUGUUUGAAAAAGAUAUAGAUAUAAAAGAAACAUUACUUACAAAUAAGAUAAGAAAAAAUGAAGAUAUUAUCAAAAAACAUAUAAUUGAAAAUUAUUCAGAAAAAAAAGAAACAAAUAGUAAUAAUGAACAUGAUAUACAUAUUAAAAAGAUAGAAUUAAAUUCAAUUAUUAAUAAUAAAAAAGAAAAUACUUCAACAGAAAGUCUUAAUCUAUAUGAAAAUAAUAAUAAUAAUAAUAAUAAUAAUAAUAAUAAUAAUGACAUUUCUGAGUUAAAAAUGAAAAAUUUUUUUUAUCAUGAUAUUAAUUUAUUGAACAAUAAAAAUGAAAUAGAAACAAAAGAAAAAAUUCAUAAACCAAAUAAAAAUAUAUUUAAUUCUAUAUAUGGAUUUCAUCAUAAAGAAUCUGAUGUAAGUUCUUUAACAGAUAAUGAAAUCAAAGAUAUAAUAAUAGGACAUGAAGAAUUUUAUGAAUCUUUUAUAUAUAAAAAUAUUGAUAGUUUUGAUUCUAUAAAAAAAAAUUAUAUAUAUAAAUUAUAUAAUCAACAUGAUGAAGAAAGCAUAAACCAACAACAAUGCGAUAAGUCUGAAGAGAAAUAUUGUUUGGAUAUAUCAAAAGAUCAAAACAUAGAAACAACAGAUGUAUGUAAAAAUAAAAAUAUUAUCAAUAAUGAUAUAAUCCAUUUGAAUAGUUUUAAUAAUAUAACAAAUGAGAAUAAUUCAUAUAAAAAUAAGACACAUCAAAAUGUAGAUGACAAUAAAUAUAGAGAUGACAACAAAUAUAGAGAUGACAACAAAUAUAGAGAUGACAAUAAAUAUAGAGAUGACAACAAAUAUAGAGAUGACAAUAAAUAUAGAGAUGACAAUAAAUAUAUAGAAUCCAAAAUAAAUAUACAAAAUAAUAAUGUAUAUGAUAAAUUAAAAACAAAUCAAAAUUACAUAGACCACACAAACAAUAAUUUUAUAAAUUAUGAAAUAUAUAAAUGUUCUAUAGAUGAUGACAGAAAAGAAAAUAAAAAUUCUCUAAAAAAUGAAAUGAUUCAUAUGAAUCAUCUAAAAGAAUAUUAUCAAACUAGUGAUCAAUUGAAGAAAGAAAAAAAUUGUGAUUCUUCAAAAAAAUCUCAUAAAAUGAAAGAACAAAAUUUUAUUCAAACACCUUAUGGAUCAUCAAAUAAUUCAAAUUAUUUAAUUGAAACAAAUAGAUAUAACACAAAUGAUAGUAAUUAUAAUAUUAGAGCUAUGUCACUUAAUUCAUAUUUUAUAGAAAAAACAAAAUAUAUAAAUCAACCUAUUUAUGAUACACAUAUAAAUCAUUUAAAUAAUAUUAAUAGUCUUUAUCAAAAUAUUCAAUCUAAUAUUCAAAGACAAAUAUCAAACAAAUUAAUCGCUCAAAGUAAUUACUCCAAAUAUUAUGAAAACAUAAAUACUGAAGAAUUUAAAAAUGCCUAUAAACAAACAUAUAAUUAUUUAUAUAAACAUUAUAAUAAUAAAGAAUCUAUUAAAAGAAGUAUAAGCUUACAACAAAAAGUGUGUGCACAUAUAAAUGAUAAUACAAAAUUUAAAGAAAAUGAAAAAGAAAAAAAUAUUUACUAUACACAAAAAAAUAAUUUAUCUUUUGAUUUCUUAAGACAAAAUCAUUAUAAUAGAAUAAAUAAAAAUAUGGAAGAACAAGAUCAAUAUAGAAGAAAAAAACAAAAUAGAUAUUAUGAUUAUAUAAAAAACAAAAAAAAAAAUAUAUAUCAUUCUGAUUAUAUACAAUAUUUUAAUAAUAUUAUUAAUACAUACUCAUGGUCUAAUGAUAAUAAUAUAUAUAAUCAACCUAAUGAAAAAUCCAAAAAAAAUAUUAAAAAAAAAAAAAGAAAUAAAUCUUAUAUAUCUACUGUUAGCACACAAGAUAAUGAUAGUGAUCAAUCAUAUCUAAGUAUUCUAGUGAAAGAUGUUUUUCAAAAUAAUUCAGAUUCAAAUAUUUCUUCUAAUGAUAUAAAUAAUAACUCAACAAAUGAAAAAAAAAAAAAAAAAAAAAAAAAAAAAACAUUAAAAAAUGAACUAUCAAAAAAUAAUCUACAAUAUCUAUUUAAUCAAUAUAAGAAAAAAAAAAGAAUAAAAUCUAACAAAGAUGAACAAAAUAAUGUAAGUAGUCUAGAAACAAUAAAAAGUAUUCAAGCAAAUUCAAAAGAAUCAUUUCUAGAAUUAAUGCAGGAAGCAAAUAUAUUUUCAUCUAUUACAAUUCAAAAUAAACAAAAAAAUAUUCAUAAUAUAAAUAUAGAAAAACAAUCAGAAAAUCAUUCUUAUAAUCAAAAAAAAAAACAAAUACUACAUUUAGAAAAUGAUAUAAAUAAUACAAAUAAUUAUGAUGAUUUAUCAGAUAAUUAUGAGAAUAUACUAAACACUACAACAAAUACAGAUAUAAGUGACCAUGAACACUUCAAACAAAGUAAUCAAAAUAAUUCUAUUAAUAAAAAGAAAAAUAAACAUGAUACACCUUACAAUGAGGAUCACCAAAAAAAAAAUAAAUUACAUAUAUAUACAACAAAUAUGAAAAAAUAUAAAAGUUUAGAUGAUUCAUCUUAUCAAAAUAAUCAAACAAAAUAUAAGACAAUAGAUAUACAAAAAAAUUCAAAUAGGCCUAUUAAUAGAAUAAUCAGUUAUAAAAAUGUUGACAACAAUUAUAUAAAUAAUAACAAUAAUAAUAACAAUAAUAAUAACAAUAAUAAUAAUAAUAAAAAAAGUUGUGUGAGGAGCAUAUCUCAUAAAUCUCAAUUUGAAGAAAAUAAAAAUAGUUAUAUCAAAACGAAUAAAAGAAAUAAUUCAAUUCAUAUUCAAUCAAAAGAUAAUUCUAAUUAUGAACUAACAAAUAACUCAAAUGAUAUUAGUUAUAACACAGAAAGUAAUAUUUCAGAUUUAUUUUCCUUUGAAUCUAUUCAUAAUAAAAAAAAAGAAAUACAAGACGUUUUUUCUAAUCAUAUCAAAAUGUUAAAGGGUCAAAAAAUUAAAAAUAACACAAAAAAUAAUAAUAUCAAUAAUAGCAAUAAUAAUAAUUAUUCUUAUAACGAAUCAAUAAAAAUAUGUGAAAAAAAUAAGGAUGCAUAUAAUAAGAACACAUUAAUGAAAAAAAAAAGUUGUAAUUCAUAUAUAAAGGAAUCUAUACAGGAAGACAAAAAAAAACAAAACAAAACAAAUAACAAUAGCAAAAAAAAAAAUAAUAUUAAUAUUGAAAAUCAUUUUGAUCAACACAAAAAUAUCCAAAAAAAAAUAUCAAAACAAAAAAAAAGUCUUAUCGAGCCACAAAAACUUCUAGCUGCUAUUGAAAAUUUUAAAAAUCAUAAAAAAAGUUUACAACUAGACAACAAUAUAAAUGAAAAUGAUAUACUAAGGAAUGAAAAUAAAAAUAAGAUGCUUUCUAAACAAAAUUAUUUAUGUAAUGUUAUUAAUAGUGAUGAUGAUACAAGUGAAAAUAUGUUCGUAUACGCUACCAAAUAA